AUGGAUCACAAUCCUACUGAUCUGAAGAGAGAAAUUGAAAGAAAAUGGGAGAUCUUAGGACAUGAGAGGCCAGAAACUCUGAAAGCGGAAUAUCCUUCGCAACCGUCUAUUUACAGGGUUCCAGAACAUCUUCGAGAGCUCAGUAACAAUGCUUACAUACCGUGGAGAGUAUCAAUUGGUCCUUAUCACUACAAUAAUCCGAAAUUUUGGGUUAUGGAAGAACACAAGCUGGAGUAUAUGAAGGCUUUCAUUAAUAGAGCAUCGUCGCACACUUUAGAGGACUACAUUAAGGUUGUCGAGGAACUAGAACCGAUGGCGCGCUUUUGCUAUGCUGAUCGAACAAUAGGCCUCAUCCAGUCCAAACAAUUUGUUGAGAUGUUACUUAUUGAUGGCUGCUUCAUAGUAGAGUUCCUUCUUAGAAAGAUUCAAAAAUUAGCACAUGUUGAUAUGGAACCUACAAGAGAAAGUUAUGGUCAAAUGUACGAAUUUGUCGGAAGUAUCUCCCCCUUCCGACCCGCGCAUGAUAUCAUAUUCCGCAGUACAAGAACUUCGUUUGAAGUACGGCGUGACCUGAUCUUGUUGGAGAAUCAACUUCCAUAUGAUGUCCUUGAGAGCCUAGAUGGCAGAGACAUAAAGGAAUUUCGGGUCCCUAGUGUAACACAGUUGGCGAAAGCUGGCGUUCAUUUCAGAGCUAGUCAAAGCCCGUGGCUCAGUAUAGAUUUGUCAAAUGGGGUUUUGGAGUUGCCGGCUUUGAGUAUAUGGCAUCAUACAGAUACAUUUUUCAGGAAUGUGAUGGUGUACGAGUUAUACACCGAGGCUAAUCAUACAAGAUCUACAACGAUCAGUGAUUAUAUGUGUCUUAUGGAUGACCUGAUAAAUUCAAAAGAAGAUGUUGCUCUACUUACAAAGGAAGGUAUUAUUCAUAACUGGUUAGAGUCAGAUGAUGCAUUAUCAGAUCUAUUUAAUUCUAUUACUAAGCACAUCUUGGCAGACCAUGCAUCCUAUGCAAGAAUCUGCAGGGAUCUCAAUGACUUUCUUAAGAAACCAAUGCCAAAGUACAAGGCAAUCCUUCGACAAAAUUACUUCAAUGAACCAUGGGCGAUUAUAUAUUUCAUCACUGGAGUGCUCAUACAAACUGCUGCUACUAUCAUACAGGCUGUCACUGAUAUUCGCUCUAACAAGUAG